AUGGCGAAGAUUAAGAAGAAGGGCACCCACGGCCAGGCCAAAAACUACAUUACUCGUACCCAGGCCGUGCGAAAGCUUCAAAUUUCCUUGCCCGAUUUCCGUCGCCUAUGUAUCUUCAAGGGAAUUUAUCCUCGUGAGCCUCGCAACAAGAAGAAGGCCUCUAAGACAGCGACUCCGAACACGACAUUCUACUACACCAAGGACAUCCAGUAUCUGCUCCACGAGCCGCUGCUCAACAAGUUCCGUGACCAAAAAGCUCUUGCGAAGAAGAUCGCUCGAUCCCUCGGCCGAGGCGAAGUCAGCGACGCUGCGCGUCUUGAGAAGAACCACGCUCCUAAGCUUACUCUCGACCAUGUCAUCAAGGAGCGCUACCCGACCUUCAUCGACGCCUUGCGCGACCUCGACGAUGCUCUGUCUCUGCUUUUCCUCUUCGCUACUCUCCCUUCAUCGGACCAUGUGCCCCACAAGACGAUCGCGCUUUGCCAGCGCCUCUGCCACGAGUUCCAGCAUUAUCUGAUCAUGACCAACUCGCUGCGCAAGUCUUUCCUUUCAAUCAAGGGUAUCUACUAUCAGGCUACCAUCCAGGGCCAAGAUAUCAUGUGGCUUGUUCCCUACCGGUUCGUUCAGCGUGUCAACGGCGAUGUCGACUACAGAAUUAUGGCUACCUUUGUCGACUUCUACACGACCUUGCUGGGCUUUGUCAACUUCCGUCUUUAUUCUUCAAUCGGCUUGAGAUAUCCUCCCAAGUUCGAUACCCGCAGCGAUGAGAACGGUGCUGAGCUGGCAGCGUUCACUCUGGAGAGUCGCAAUGCGACCGAGGGUGCCAAGUCCAUCGGAUCCACUAAGCCCAAGGCCAUUGAAAACUCGACGACGGAGGUGUCCAAGGACGUUCAAGCCAAGGUGGACAAGGUUAUCAAGUCUGCCGGGUUAGAUCAGGCCGAGGACGAGCCGAUGGAGGACAAGAACGACGAGGAGUCCACUGAUGCCAUUGAUCGAUUCGAGCCUGCUGCCCCCGAGGCCGACACUCUUCCCCAGCCUGACAUGAGUGGUAACGAAGCCGGCGCUCUUUUCGCUCCCUUCACCUUCUACAUUUCCCGUGAGGCCCCCAAGGCACCCCUGGAGUUCAUUCUCCGCGCUUUCGGCUGCAAGCGUGUUGGCUGGGAUGCCGUGAUGGGUGACGGCGCGUUCACCCACGAUGAGGCCGACCCUCGCAUCACACACCAGAUCGUUGAUCGCCCCCAGCUUCCCGAGGGAUCUCUUCCUGCUGUCCCCGCCGCUGCUGAGGGUUCCACGCCGAAGGUCAAGCCCGGUACCCGCAUCCCAGGUCGCACAUACGUCCAGCCUCAAUGGGUCUGGGACUGCAUCAACGAAGGCAAGCUUCUCCGUGCUGACCUUUAUGGACCCGGUACUACUCUUCCGCCCCACUUGAGUCCAUGGGUCAAGCCUUCUCGUGGUGGUUACGACCCUCGCGCCAGCUUGGCUGAACAAGAAGCCGAGGACGAGGCUGAGAUCGCGGAGGAGGAAGAGGAUGACGCCGAGGAGAGCGACGAAGAGAUGGCUGAUGAGCCUGUCUCUGCCAAGAAGGACGCCACGGCUGUCACAGAGUCCGAUGAUGAGUCUGUCGAUAGCGGCAUGGAUGUUGCCGGCACUGACGACGACGAGAGUGAGAGCGACGAGGAGGAGGAGGAAGACGAGUUCCCCGGUGUCGACGACGAGGCUGCAUCCGAAUCUGACGAUGACGAUGAGGCUGCUCGCAACCAGCAUCAACGCGAGCUGGAGGCUGAGGCGGCUGGUCUGCCGUUCUCUGCAGGUGCUACCGAUGAAUCCGCCAAGAAGAAGUCCACCAAGUCCAAGAAGCUGGCAGCGAAGAAGCGCCAGGAGGACGAGGAGCUCGAGCGACAGAAGAUGAUGAUGAGCCGCAAGAAGCGCAAGUUGCUCGAGAAGAUGAUGUACUCGAACAAGAAGACUUCCGACGAGGCUGCCAAGCUUCGUUCGAAGCGUCGCAAGCUUGAGAAGGGCGAGAAGGCUGCUCAGAAAUAG